CGAAACUGACACCAAACCGAAAGCACGCCGCUAACAAAACCACAUUACCGCCAUAAAUAACAGGGGUUAUUUUGGAGUCGAUUUGUUGUUGGAUUGGAGGUGUGACAGCGGAAACAGAAUCAACAAUAGUCUGUAUUCUUAUUUCGCAUUAGUGAAAUCCAUAAUUGCACCCAAAUAUUACUAUUACAAGGAGAGCUAGAAAGGAAAACAAAAACAUCAGGAUCAUAAGGAUUUCGGAAUUUCGGCCAUUUACGUUUGAUCAUUCUAGGGAUCAUUACGGAUGUUACUUGUAAAUUAACACUGCAUUUAAUUUGGUGGAAUAAUACACGCUAUAGUGAGCAAACGGAACAUUUUGGUAAUGUAAAGUAUCAACACACAAAAGAGGAAAGAACUACUGCUAGAUUGGAUAGUCAUUUGAGGAUGUGGUUUCCAUUGAUAUCAAAAGGUAAAAUGGACUUUCCCUCAUUCUGCCUUGGGCUGGCUCUCUUCAGGUUUACAAUGAUUCCAAAGGCAUCAGCACAGACCUGGACUGAUCCACAAACGACAUAUGUCACAGCUGGACGAAACACCUCUCUCAGUUGCGCUAUCAACGUUUCCCUAUCAUCAAACACGUCUAAUGUGCUCACAUGGGUAGACUCGGGGUUGUCCAUCUUUUCAGGAACAAACCGUAUCACGCCAGUGGCAAAGUACGACAAUUUUCACGUCACCUUAACUGGCGAUGGAGCGUCCGUGGGAUCACGUCUGCACAUCACCUCGGCAGAGAGGGCGGAUGAGGGAAUGUUGUCAUGUAUCUAUGGAGAUGCUUCACAAAAUGUGACGUCAGGAGUAGCUUCCCUGCAUGUAGAAGCAGAACCAGGAGUGUGUAAUGAAGAUCUGUACAGACGACUCGCCAUAGCAUUUGGGGCCAUCACUUGUCUUCUCUUCUUUGUUGUUGCACUCUUCAUAUUUCUUUUCCAGAGAUUGCGAAGGGCACGACUAGACACAGGCAAAUGGGAAGUGCCUCACACAAGUGGAAAUGGUGGCACACAUGAACACGUUAGAAACACUCGGAAUAAUGAAACGUCAGAGAGGGAGAUGUCGGAAAACGACCUCCCUAUCACAGUUACUACCACAGAACGAGUGCCGACUGCGAAACAAGUCGGUGCCAGAGUACCGUCAAAAAAUAUUCGAUUCUACUCACAGAUCGGGCCGAUUGGCGCUCUUCCUUUCGGACAAGUUUGGAGGGGAGAGAUAAGAGGGGUGCCUGGAAAGGAAAAGAAGAAGAUCGAGGCAGCUGUGCGAGAUCUGUCUGGUUUAGAGGGUGUUCAAGAUAACCUCCUGGAAGCUGUCACUGCUUUAUGGGAGCUCCCUGAUCACAUCAAUCUAGUCAAAUGUCUUGGUUGCUGCGUGGAACAGGCUUUCAUCGUCUAUGAGUACGUUCUGUGCGGCACUCUUCUGACGUACCUUCAGACCAAUGCAGGCAAGACGCGAUCAUCAUACCGGGUUUACGCCAAUGUUCGAUCCGUUGUAAGAAGGGUGAAGGAACCAGACCUGUUCACGUUUGCCUGGCAGAUUGCCAAGGGCAUGGCAUUCCUGUCCUCACAGAAGAUCGUUCACGGAAAUUUGCGUGCCAGCAACGUCCUGUUGUCGAAAAAUAAGAUUUGUAAAAUAGCAGACUAUGGUUUGACUGGUAUCACUCAGACAUCAAAGACGGUACAUCGAUGGCUCUCACCUGAGGCAAUGCUGACCGGUACAUGUUCGACAGAAAGUGAUGUUUGGUCAUACGGGGUUCUUCUUUGGGAGCUUGUUACCCUUGGUGCUCAACCGUAUCCUGGUGUAAGUGACUGCGAACUGACAGAACGAAUCACGAAUGGAUAUAUAAUGAGAAGGCCGCUACAUUGUGGUGAAGAUCUGUUCAACAUUAUUUCAGACUGUUGGAAGAUUGAUACAAGGCAACGUAGCACCUUUCAUGACAUGCAAAUCAAAAUUGGUUGGAUUCUCGAGGGUUCAAAUGAUUAUCUCUCCCUGAAUAGGAUGAGUGACGAGGAUAUUUACACUGACAUCCCUGAGUUGGAGUAGGUUAACAUUAUUAAUUUACAUGUAACUUAUUAUAUUUUUCUUAAAACAUAUUUCUCUUUGAAAAUAUAACUGGUUAAUUCGAAAUGAAGCUGUAGUGCAUGUUCAUGGUU